AACUAGUUUCUGUAAAAGUUACUUUGCUCACCUUCCAACAACACUACAUUACAAGCCAUUUACAUUUAUUUGUUCCUAUUUAAGUCUCCUACACAUCUCAUGGGUAUCUCGUGAAGAGACGCCCACUGUCAGAUUCCAAUUUCAGUGUGCCGUAUUCUAUUAGACUCCCAUUUACCAAUGAGCAUGCAAAAUUUACCUCCGAUGUCAUCACCACUAACACAAUUACUUAUCUUCCCUCCUUGCUGAUGGCAAGCAGGGAAGAUUUAUUACACAAACUUUGAUUAUACUUCCUUUAGCACUCCUCCCUGCCCUUACUAACUCUACCUCUGUUAUACUUUCCACCCUUGUUAUUCUCAGAUCAACCAUAUUAAACUGUUACACCCUGCAGUAUUGUAUGACCCUUGUGGGUUUAGCACUUAGUUCUGAUUAUAAUAAUUAAGUCACUCACAAGCCUGCUAGAUGUUUGAGCCCCUAAAACUCAAAGCCUCCUUUACCUCCUCUCUCCAACCAUUCCUGGAAUUUCUACCCUCUCCUACCUUCCACUCCAGAUUAUUACACCCUUUUCAUCAUCCUAUUACUCUCCAUUCUCUCUGCAUGCCCACAUCACCCCAACAACCCCUCCUCAGCCUCUGAAUUAUACCCUUGGUGAUCUCACACUGUCUUAAUUCUAUACUCUGAAUUCUCUGCAUAACAAUCACCUCACACACACUGCUCUCAAACAUGACAUCACUGCCUCUAGCAGCCUUCAAAACCCAUGCAUUACGCUCAUAUAAGAGCGAGCGUGUGUGUGUGUGUUUGUGGUGGGUGAAUGCAAACUCAACAGGUAUACAUAAGCAUGCAGGAAAACCUGACCAAAACUAGGAGGAAGUAAAGACUGAGUAUGUUGUACAGAUGUGAGUGAGCCCUGUGUAGAAGCUUUUAUUCUGAUCAUUAACCUAGAAGGGUUAGUAAAUUAGGAUAACCUAGUAAAGCCAAUCAGUGUGACUUACUCCACUGGUGUUCCUGAGUGAGUGAGGUACUAUAUGCUUGCCAGCAGACAUUACAUGUUCAGUACUCUACUACCUCACCAACAUCAGUCUACUUCCUGUAUACCCCAUAAUUAUAUUCAUGAGGAGCACUAAACUUGUAGAUGCCUUACAAUACCUGGGGAAUGAGAGGUAUGAAGAUUUGAUUCAAAGAAAGGCCAAGGUUAAUUCCUUGGAUCAAGAGUCUCCCUAACAAGCAUCAAAAAUCCUUCCUUUGAGGGAUACUAAUUACAGCCCCUCUAAUUUCCAAGUUAUGAUAUAGUGUGCCUGACAAUUUGGCCUCCUUAAUAUACAGUGUUUAAGAAAACAUGAAGAUUGUUUUUUCACAGGUGAGAUGGUGGUGAUAGUGUGGCCCCGCCUGAUGGACACACUGAAGGUGGUGUCAGUCCUCGUGUUCCCUGUUCUCCUGCACACUUACAUCAUCCUAGACUCGUCUGUCUCAUCCCCUCAAGGUGCUGGGUUACACGAACCACUUCAGUACCACAAUAUUUCCCCACCUCCCUCUUUGUCAUUCUUCCCAGUGGGAAUGAAGUCUAUGAUCGUCACUAGAAACAAGUCUUGGGAUAAAUUGCAUAAUGAACAUUUAGGUCUGAAAGACUCGAGUAAGUUCUCAGAAACACCACCUAAGUCGAGAACAAUGCAUGACUCGUACAGGAAUCACAGUUCAAUGUAUGAGGUGACGGAAGACAUCAAGAGUGACCUAACAAAUCUAGACAAUAAAACUACAGAGAUGGAGCUGCGAGAAACUCUGGAGCAACUUUUGUACAGCAUGUCUACACCCACCUACCACUGCAGGAAGUUAAUUACAAUGGGAGGAAUAUACUGCAACUAUAAACCAGAUGGAGAAAAACAUGUAUGUUAUGAUCCUGACCUCCUUCCACCUAAUCAUUACUGCCUGGUGUACUCAAUUGGUGUAGGCCACGACUUAACCUUCGAUGCACAAAUGGACAAAGUUGGUUGUGAAGUGUUUGCUUUCGACAGUGAUGUCUACCAUAAAGACUAUCCAACCUUCAUCAGUGACAGGCUGACAUUCUAUAAGGUGCGAGUGGGGACGUACUUCUUGAACGAGUUUCAGCACCAAGCAUCUGACAAAGCUUCUGGACCCUACUUAGUUAAGUAUUGGCCACUACCUGCCAUCAUGAUCAAGCUGGGCCAUACUCGUCACCAGUUCCACUACCUCAAGCUAGACAUCGAAGGUGCAGAGUGGGAAGUGCUGGAGGAGUCUGUCUUUAAGACUCCCAUACUGAAUAGAACACAACAACUGGCACUUGAAGUACACCUUGAUGAUUUCCGUCAAAAAGGAAGGUCCCGUAGCCCCCAGUCCCUACUUACAAGUGCUACUAAAUACCUCAGGGUACUGAGUGGUCUUCAGUCACGAGGGUUCCACUUGGCGCACUGGGAACCCAACUACAAAGCACCAGAACUAGCCACUCAUGUUGGUCUAACCUUUCAUGUGUUUUCUGAAACAUUAUGGGUGAACCCAAGUUACCAGAAACUUACAAAUUUGCCAGCAAAAGGAAAAACACUGGUAAAGCUGUUUAGUUCCUAA